AUGGUAGCUUCGGGAGACCUCCCUCCUCCCGCAUCUACCAUCGAAACAGCGCCCUCCACCUCAGUGACUGCCCCGAUUAUACCAGCGCGUCAAGAGACAAAGAGAGCCCCCCUGUCCGCUACGGGCAGUAAAGUCAAACCCCCAGCGUCGUCCGAGCAAGCUACUGCGUACGCAGUACCCAUAGCGGAGGUCGUACAGAUCCUGCAGGAGAUCUUAGCGGCCGUCCAGGAAGGCCGAGUCAAAGAGAUCAUCCCGACCAUCCUCAGAGCCCUGACCAAGCUCUUAGUUCGAUAG